UUUGCAUAUUCAUAGACUCUGGAAUUUUUAAUGAGGGAUGAGGAGUAGAUAAUAUUUUGAGGAUUAUAAUGAGGGAAUUAUAAUUGAAACCAUAUCAGACAGAUUAUUAUUCAAAGUAGAUUAUUUUAUAUACACUAUAAAACUCAGGCCUCUUAUGACACAAAAUGGUAACUUUUCUUUGUUGUGACAGUUCUUGAUCUUAGUAAUAGUAGUACUUUGAUCAAAUAAGCAAAUGUGGUCUUUAAGUUAAAUUUCCUCUUUCUUUAUAAUGUUUAUAUGUCGCUUUUAGCAAUCUAUUAUGUUUUAUCCAUAUUUUUGUUCUAUAAAAAUAACUUCAACAAUUAAUCAAUUAUAGCCUAAUACUGAUAAAGACUACAGUGUUGUUUCCCUGUACUUGAAAUGGUACAUGUCAUCAUCAUGUCGGUUAUUCAUUUAAUAGUCAUUCUUUUAAAUUUAAUACUAAGUUUUGAAAAUGACACAUGUUAAUUUUCCUGACAGCAGAAGAGACAAAUCGAUCUAAAAGAAGAUGAAAAAAAAAACUUAAAGUCUUUCUGCUUUGUUGAACUUUUUCUUAGUGAUGUAUCACCAUCUUGUUCUUUUCACAUUAGCCCCAUGUCCAGCAUACUCUUUCAUUAUCUGAUUAGUAUUUGGAACAUUUGGCCUUGAGAUAUCUCAAGGUUCAGAUAAAUGAUGAGGCAAAAGAUCAGUAAUCCAUUUUACACAGCCUGUAGACAAAUAACACUGGAGCAUAUUAAAGAGUUGGUUUGGGUGAGUUUUGGGUAGCAGUUGGAGGGACCAACAAAACUUGGCACUCCUGUAACAUCAGCUCCUCUCAGUUCAAUGAUUAAUAAACAGUUUAAUUAGUUGACAGGAGAGAGAAAACUCUUGUUCUUCUCCCAAACAUGCACUCAGGGGAAGAUUAGGAAUUUAUCUUUCAGAAGACAGUGAAACCCUUGUCAGUGUAAACAAGAUGUGCACAAAGUUAGCCUAUUUUAGAAAAGGGUUACAUCUAAAAAUAUGUGCUUCCUUAUUCAUGUUAACUAAAUUAUUUGUUGUUGUUGUUUUUAAAAUAGUUGAUUAAAAAGGUUGCAUUCAAUUAGUCAUGAGGGUACAAGUGCGCAAUAAUGACUCUUCUAAUAUUCAAUGAGAAACAAAAUCUGACAUUAACUGAGAACUUGUAGACAUCCUGCUGAUAGGCAGGAUUUAUUAUCCAUUUGUACAGCUCACACAAAAUCACAAAAGGUUAAUUUACAAUUAGGUGUCAGCUGGGAAAAGACGAGCACACUGAUUGAUUUGCAGCCUUUAAUAUUGCAAACAGACCAACGUUUCCACACUAGUUACUGUGUCUUCAUGAAAAGUGUCUUUUUGAAACGUUAUGUUUGCACUAUUAAAGGCUGCAAAUCAGUCAUUGUGCUCCAGUCUUUUCUCGUCUGAAAUUUACUGUUCCUGACCUGAGAAGCACCUGGUUCAGCUGCAUAUUGCUGGAAGAUGCGUGAAUAAUCCUUUUUUUACCAUUAUGUGUGUCGGAAGAUUCCUAAUAAAUUUAGUAUACCGACUGUGUCAACCGUGCGUAAAAUUACGCAGUGGCGACAGCACCGUCAGCUGCAGGAAUAUGUGGUAGGUUUACUGAAAGGUGACUUUAUCGUCUACAACACAAUUGUGAUUGACAGCAGGCUCUUGGUAAGAAUCGAUCAUGUCUAUAAAGUUGCAAAUCUGAGAGGUCAGGAGUUUGCGCCUCCGCCAAAAACACAAUAAACAGAUCUGAAAAAAUGGAAAAGUAAACAUAGUAGGCUAAACAUAAUACAGCUAUUGACAGUACGGAGAGCGUUUGCCUCUGCAAUUUGCAUGAUGUAUCAUUCAAUAAUUCAUCAUUCAUAUCAAUUAAUAAACAAAUGUGUGUUCAUCAUUACCUAUAUGGACGCAUUCACGUACUGCACUGUGAGUUGCAUAAGAGUUUCUGUCUACAGAGGCAAUGAAAGAUCUACACAUUACUAAUCACACAGAAAUCACAAUAAUAAUUGAUACAAUUGAACAAUUGAUAUCAUCAAUUUAUUGUAAAUCAUGCACACGCGUGCACGUGCGUGCGUCAGUAGCCAAAGUCAUGGAAACAGAACGGUGACGUGAACCGAGGUGAUAAAAGGAGCUGCAGAACUUUGCAACUUCCCAUUUGAACUUGGACUGGACACGAGUUGACCUUUCUGCUGGAAGCUAAACUCCUGGACAACUGAUCACUUGGAAAACUUCUGUUGGAAAACGAGCUGUUGGAUACCCGAACAAGGAAAAAACCAAGAGGACAACUUUACUGGAAAAGAGACCUGCUGCUGGAGAAAUGGCUUCUGGAGGACCCCCCGUGGAGGAGCACCUGCUGGCCAGAGUCAGACGCUGGUUCAACCACUAUGCAGGUGGUUUGUUUUGGCCUUCGAACAACAGCGCCGAACACCCUGAUGCUGAGAGGCCUUCAGAAGAGGACAGGGUCAUCGACAAUCCUCCUCUCCCCUCCGGGGACCAGGAAGAGGAAGAAGAGAUAGAUGUCGUUGGUUUGUAUGAAGAGGACGGGCUUCAGGCAGCUGAGGAUGAGGUCCAGCCGGGUCCAGACGAUGGAGGCGGCGACAGGGACGAUGGUCGUGAUGAAGAUGGGAAUGCUGGACCUCCCUCUCCUCCACUCCAGCAGUUCCCACCACCACGCUUUGGGAUGGACUUGCAACAGUGGGCUCCUGCUUUUCCCAUUCUUGCUCCCCUUGCUGUUCAUCCUGCUGUUCCUUUUGCCGACCCUUUCGCUGGGGGUGAUCUUAUUCACCCUGCUCCUCAGCCUGCUCCUCAGCCUGCUCCUCAGCCUGCUCCUCAGCCUGCUCCUCAGCCUUUCCUUGACCCUUUUGCUAGGGGUGAUUUUAUUCACCCCUUUCCUCACCCUGCUCCUCAGCCUGCUCCUCACCCUGCUCCUCAGCUUGCUCCUCACCCCUUCCUUUACCCUUUUGCUGGGGGUGAUUUUAUUCACCCUUUUCCUCACCCUGCUCCUCACCCUGCUCCUCAUCCCUUCCUUUACCCUUUUGCUGGGGGUGAUUUUAUUCACCCUUUUCCUCAGCCUGCUCCUCAGCUUGCUCCUCACCCUUUUCUGCACAUUUUCCCUCAUGCCUUCCCUCACCCCUUUCCUCUUCCUUUCCCUUACCGUUUUCUGCAUCCUUUCCCUCAUCCCCCUCCGCCUGCUGCUCCCCCUGCUGCCCCUGAGCCGCCAGUUGCCUGGCACCAGCAAGAGAGACCUGAUGAGGAAGAGGAGCCUGAAAUCGACGUUGUGGGUUUGGAUGAAGAGGACGGCAUUGAGAUCCCUGAACUGGAGGUGUUUGGUCUUGGCUAUGUGGAGAACAUUGGACCACUCUUCUUACAGGAGUCUGAUGAGGACGAUGACAUCUGCAGUUGUGCAAGCUGUUUGGAAGAAGCCCCCUCAACUUCUGGCCUUGGCUCCUCCAGAAGAAGGAGCAGGGAGGAGAGUGACGAGGAGGAAGCCCCUGCGAAAAGGCUGAGGUGGUCUGAUGAGAGCGACGAGGAUUAACUCCUCAACGCGCUAAAGGGCCAACAAUCCUCCCGGAAACAUUCACCCUUCCUCACUACCGCACCUCAGGCGUCACACCAAAACAUCUGGCAAGAUGACUGCAGGGACCCUUUUUGCCACUGACCACUGGCUUUUGCGUCUGGCAGGAGCAGUGAUUCCCAAGCUAUCCUUUGCGUCUGGCAGGGUUACCGACACCCCAAGUAGCGUCUUGCACUGGGGCCUAUCUCCACUAUUUUUUAAUGUUUACAAGGUCUUUAGAUUGGCUUCUUUGAACCUGUAGGACUGGCCCUUGCAUCUGGCAGGGCUAUCAACAUCCCAGGUAGCGUCUUGCACCGGGAUUGCUCUUGGGAUACCUUCACAUCUUGGCAUGGUGGCUGGAUCGACCUUUCUUUCAUCCUGAAGACCUUUGCGUCUGGCAAGGCUGGUGAAGAGAAAGAAAUCUCUUGCGUCUUGCAGGGCUGUCGACUCCCAUGCUUGUAGCCUUCGCGUCUGGCAGGGCUAAUGAAGAGUAAGGUAACCUCUGCGUCUGGCAGGGUUGCCGACAUCCCAAGUAGCGUCUUGCACUGGAGCCUAUUUCUACUAUCUUUUAAUGUUUGCAAGGUCUUUAGAUUGGCCUCUUUGAAUCCUUUGGGCUGGCCCUUGCGUCUGGCAGGGCUGUCAACAUCCCAGGUAGUAUCUUGCACCGGGAUUGUUCUUGGGAUACCUUCACAUCUUGGCAUGGUGGCUGGAUCGACCUUUCUUUCAUCCUGAAGACCUUUGCGUCUGGCAAGGCUGGUGAAGAGAAAGAAAUCUCUUGCGUCUUGCAGGGCUGUCGACCCCCAUGCAUGUAGCCUUCGCAUCUGGCAGGGCUAAUGAAGGUAACCUUUGCGGCUGGCAGAUUAAACACCUUCUGCUUGUCCGUUUAUCAGUCCAGGUCACAGCACAAGUGACUCUUACUGGUUGGUCUGGGGUCCACACAGUUGAGGGUGGAACUGGGUGCGGCUGGCGUGAACCUUCCACAUGUCAUGCCCUCCCGGUGAAGCUCAUCAAUGGUACUUGCAGCAGCUGGAAACGUAGCACACAGCUGUCUGCGGUCAUCCCCAGGUUGACACUAGAGUUAGCAGUGAACAGGGCUGUACUGAACAGGGAGAGAGAGGAGAACAUGGAGGAAAAAGCUGCAACAACAAGUAGAAAACAAACAUCUUCCUUCAACAGUAAACAAAAAUCAGCGAGGCCCACUAAUGCAUCAUGCUGACCUGCUCUAAAGGAGCAGUCUGGAGUUUAUGAGAUUUAUGUGAAACCCUUUAUUUAACAGCAAAAAACUCCAAUCAAGUGAAUGUACAUUCACUUAAUAUAGACAAAAAAAGGUAAGUACAAGAAUCUGACUUGUAAAGAAAGCAACUUAUCUAAUAAUUCAAAGAUUAAUUGUCAGUCUCACUAACCAUUAUUUAUUGUUCUCUGCUCUUAUUUCACUCGACCACCUGAGCUGCUGCUGUUCACUGUGGAUGAAAAGCCCUUCACAGUGUAAGCUGAGAACAGGUGAGCACAAGCUUUUGACUUAGAAAGAAAGUGACCUAAAAUACUGUAGACUACUAAUAUGAAGACAGAGAAAGUACUAACUACAUACUGUGUGCUACAGCUGUUCAGUAACAAUAACACUUAUUUAAUAGUUCAAAGACUUUUCUAACCAUUAUUUAUCAUUCUCUACUCUCAUCUUAUUCUGACACCUGAGCUGCUGCUGUUCACUGUGGACUAUAAGGUGAGUUUCAGCUUCUGACUCAAAAACACACCUGUUUAUCCAUAUAUUACUGAUUUAAUCAUUAAAGUUUGCCUUACUAACCAUUGUUAUAUCUCUCUACUCUUAUCCUACUCUUAACACCUGAGCUGCUGCCACUCAGCUGAGAACAGGUGAGCACAAGCUUUUGACUUAGAAAGAAAGAAACCUCAAAUACUGUAGACUACUAAUAUGAAGACAGAGAAAGUCUGUUUUUUAUUGUCUAAACUAACUACAUACUGUGUGCUACAGCUGUUUAUCACACUUAUUUAAUAGCUCAAAGACUUUUCUAACCAUCAUAUAUCAUUCUCUGCUCUCAUCUUAUUUUAUCACCUGAGCUGCUGCUGUUCACUGUGGACUAUAAGGUGAGUCUCAGCUUCUGACUCAAAAACACACCUGUUUAACCAUAUAAUAUAACUGAUUUAAUUAUUAAAGUUUGCCUUACUAACCAUGUUUAUCAGUAGCAGCUGGUGACUCAAAAAACUGGGGAGGACAGGAGGAAAACCAACAUGGAAUCUUACAACAAACCGCAUCAAACUAUAUCACUGUCCCCAUCUGAUGAAAUUGGAGGGGUGGGGGGCAAUUUUAUAUGCCAAUAAAACAAUUUGCUUUUAAAAACAAAAA